CCCAUCGAAAAGCUGGUCACACUCCUCAACAUGCUGGAUCGGUGGAUCGAUGAGACGCCCCCCAUGGAUCAGCCUUCUCGCUUCGGGAACAAAGCUUUCCGGACGUGGUAUGCAAAAGUGGACCAGGGGGCAGAGUCCUUGGUGGCAACUGUCGUCCCCAGACAGCAAGCUGAGGCCGUGCCCGAGGUGGCAGUGUACUUGAAAGAGUCCGUUGGCAAUUCGACUCGCAUCGACUAUGGCACAGGCCACGAAGCGGCCUUCGCUGCCUUCCUUUGCUGCCUCUGCAAAAUCGGUGUCCUCCGGCUGGACGAUCAGCUGGCCAUCGUCUUCAAAGUGUUCAACAGGUACUUAGAAGUGAUGCGGAAACUUCAGAAAACCUAUCGGAUGGAGCCAGCUGGCAGUCAAGGGGUCUGGGGUCUGGAUGACUUUCAGUUCCUCCCCUUCAUUUGGGGAAGCUCUCAGUUGAUUGAUCACCCCAACCUGGAACCUCGGCACUUUGUGGACGAGAAGGUGGUGAACGAGCACCACAAGGACUACAUGUUCCUCGAAUGCAUCCGGUUCAUCACAGAGGUGAGGCUGGAAUUUUUUUGCCUUCCUUUCCCUUCCUUUGAGCCCCUGAGUUACGAACCCCCCCCCCCUCCACGAUGGAGCCCAGCAUUUCCGUUGCUAAGCGAGACAAGUUAGUCCGGCUCCGUU